CAUCCUCUUCGAGUCUCUGCAGACAAACUUGCCGGGGGAGUCAAUGGAUUUCAUGGACUGCCCCGUUUGUGGUCCGAGAAGGUGAAGAGAGAGACCCGAAAAGGUUUUCUGGUCACAGAGAGUGUUGAUGUAUUUGCAGGACUUUGCAAGGGAGUUUGGGAUUGA